AUGGGUUUAGCUUACCAUCCCCAAACUAGUGGCCAAGUUGAGGUUUCUAACUGUGAGAUUAAGGCUAUUUUAGAGAAGGUGGUAGCAAAGUCUAGGAAGGAUUGGAGCGAUAAGUUGGAUGACACUCUUUGGGCGUAUAGAACUGCAUUUAAGACCCCCAUUGGUACUUCCCCCUAUAGACUUGUGUAUGGGAAAGCAUGUCACCUCCCAGUGGAAUUGGAGUAUAAGGCUUAUUGGGCAAUUAAAGAGCUCAAUUUGGAUGCUAAGUUAGCGAGAGAGAAGAGGUUACUUCAACUUAACCAACUAGAUGAGUUUAGGUUGAUGACCUAUGAUAGUGCACGUGUCUACAAGGAGAAGACCAAGAAAUGA